AUUCUCCAUCAAACGCCAGAGUCCGAUCACGAUUACACGUGUUCACUUCUUAACAGAACUCACACAUUCAAUCAGAUUAUUUUAAUCACACCAAGAUUUCCCUUCUCCCUAUAUAAGGCACUUCAAAAACCCUAAUUCGCUUACACACAGGGACUGGGAGGCUUGCAGCUACGAGAGCAGAAGCGUUUCUCUACCCUCACAGCACCGGGCCGUCGUAGCUAGCUGCUCCUUCGAAAAUGAAGUUCAAUAUUGCAAAUCCUACCACUGGGUGCCAGAAAAAGCUCGAGAUAGAUGAUGACCAGAAACUCCGUGUGUUUUUUGACAAAAGGAUCUCACAAGAAGUCAGUGGGGAUGCCCUGGGUGAGGAGUUCAAGGGUUAUGUAUUUAAGAUUAUGGGAGGUUGUGACAAGCAGGGUUUCCCAAUGAAACAAGGAGUUCUAACUCCUGGCCGUGUUCGACUUUUGCUUCAUAGAGGUACCCCUUGCUUCCGUGGAUAUGGCAGGCGAAAUGGAGAACGUAGAAGGAAGUCUGUUCGUGGAUGCAUUGUUAGCCCAGAUCUAUCAGUCUUGAACUUGGUUAUUGUCAAGAAAGGUGAGAAUGAUCUGCCUGGACUGACAGACAUUGAGAAGCCUAGAAUGAGAGGUCCUAAGAGGGCAUCAAAGAUCCGGAAGCUGUUCAACCUCUCCAAAGAGGAUGAUGUCCGGAAGUACGUUAACACUUACCGCCGAACAUUUACAACCAAAUCUGGUAAGAAGGUUAGCAAAGCUCCCAAAAUUCAGAGGCUUGUAACUCCCUUGACUUUGCAAAGGAAGCGUGCUAGAAUAGCGGACAAGAAGAAGAGAAUUGCAAAGGCCAAGGCUGAGGCAGCCGAGUAUCAGAAGCUCCUUGCCACCAGGUUGAAGGAGCAGCGUGAACGCCGCAGUGAGAGCUUGGCAAAGAAGAGAUCUAGACUGUCUGCUGCGUCAAAGCCCUCUGUUGUGGCAUAGAAUGUUUCACGUUGGUCUAUGACUAUGAGCGAAGUCAUUUAUUAAAUAGGUUGAGGUAAUUUUGAUUGUUCUUUGGAUUUUGAAAGUUAAGUUAAAAUGUUUCCUGCAUUUAUAACAAUUUCAAACAUCUGAAAUUUUCGCUUUCAUUUUAAUGUGUUGUGGGAUUGUUAACCAUUUCAUUAAGCUCUCUUGUUCUAUUGUUUUGAA